CUUCCAAGCGCAACCACGCCGCCGUCGCCAACAUGAAGGUCCUGAUGCGUGCUGCCGCGGCGCUGCUGCUGCUCUGGGCCCUGUCGCUCCAGACCGCCAUUGCCCAGUCUGCCGACAUCAAUACCCUCAACCGAGCGAUCUAUCAAGGCAUCAGUGUCAGUGGAUGCACCCGGAUACUCAACGCCUCCGGAACGACAGGAUGUCAGACCUUCGGCGCCGUUGGCGUCCUCUACAUGGCUGCCACCCAAUCCGACGUCGAUGGCUUCUCCUCAAACACCCCUGCUGGAAGCUAUGCCGUCGUCCUGAGCUACAGUUUGCUAUCCAGCCAGAAUCUGCUGACACUCCGAAACUCGGGCAAGCUCGCGGGCGUUAUUCUUAUCAACAACGGAACGAGCGCCCAGGUCGCUCCUCCCCUCACUGUCUCGGCCGACUCGACGUGCCCCGGCUGUCAAUUCGGUCUCUAUGCCAACGACGGCCCAUACUAUUCGUGGAAUCCCAAGGGAAGCGGAUUGAUGUUCCAGAGCUUCGACUAUCCAAUCGUUGCCAUUUGGGCACACGAUCCCGGGUCUGUCCAGAGUCUCGGCACUCUGGUCGAGGCCACAGCCUCCAACCAAGCCAGCGGAUAUGCGCAAAAUCCGCUCUAUUAUGUGCAAUUCGACGCAACCAUGUCGGCGGCUGUCGAUGCGGCAACAUGUCUGAGAAGAGGCACCUGUGAUCCGAUCGGAGAUCAUUCGGUCUGGUCGACGUUCUCGACCAACAUCACCCGAAAUGACGGCAAGGGAAUCAUUGUGGUCUCUUCUCGGAUCGACAGUGUUUCCUUCAUCCACGAUUUUUCGUUUGGUGCCGAUGCCACCCGUGCCGGCCUUGUCGUAUCGAUGGCGAUUGCAGACGCUCUGUCAAAGUCGCCCACGCCUAUGUACCAAAUGGCCAAGCAUGUCCUCUUCACCUAUUUUGAUGCCGAGUCGUGGGGUCUCAGCGGAUCGGAGCAGUUUCUGAACGACAUUUCGACACCAUUCAAGUGUCUUGUCAGCAACCCAUCAGCGACAACGGCUGCGUGUCCAUUCACCGGCAUGAACUGCAGUCAGCCGUGCUUUGUGAACACCGAGUUUCAGCGCCUGGACUCCAGCAAGAUCGAAGCCUGGAUCGAGUUCGACCAGAUCGGCAACCUGGAUCAAGUCAUCAAUGAUUCCGGCCCGAGCAUCUCCAGCAACAUCUACACCCACAUCAAUGAUGCCUCUGACGCGGCCACGUUGCAACUCGAGAGCAUGUUUCUCAACAACCCGAAUCUGCCGCCUGUGUCCUUCAACAAGUCUGGCCAGGUUUCGGUAACGAUCCAGACCGCGCGAUCAGCCACAAGCAACCUGCGGCUUCCUCCAUCCAGUGCCAUGUCUCUGCUCAAGCGGCGGAACGUACCCAGUAUCGUCUUUGCUGCUUACCGCGACAGCUAUCCAGACUACUUCCACAGUGAAUACGACAACGGCCUUGCCUGGAACAGAGCCCAAGUUGCUUCGCUCUGUGCCUUCGCCAACGCGACUGCCCGUAAUGUCUGGACGCUGGCCUCUGGCAACAACACCACUGCUCCUCCGAGCGUCAGUGUGAACUGCACCUUGGUGGCCAGUCUGCUGGACUGCAUGACCCGAAACCUCUCGUGCAGCACGCUUCAACCACUCUGGGCUAAUCAAAUCUCAGGUGUGCCGACGACGAGCUCGGACUACGCCUCGGCCUUCCAGUACGACCAAAGUCUCCAGCUGAUGCCCUACAUGAUCAAUCAGUUCAUGUUCAACAUCACGGCCACAAGCCGCAUAUCCAACUGCUCAACGAGCCAGGACUGCAGUUAUGCGAACGGCUACCAAUGCAUCGCAAAUAGCUGCAUCAUGUCGCGCACGCACUACCACUACGCCUACAGUCCAGGUAUCGCCAAGGAUCCGAACUCUGGCCUGUGGGUCGUGGCGGAUGCAACCAAGCCUACCUGGACUGAGAGCCGAUGGAACAACAUACGCAUUCGUGUCUUCAAGAGCUCCUCGCUUGCGUACCAGUGGAUCGAGUUGGUAGUUGGUGUGGUCCUGACAGCCGUCACCGUCGCGGCAACGCUCUGGGCACGCAAGCUGGUGAACAAGCACUUCAAGACCGAUUAGUCGAUCUCGCCCGCGACUGGUGCUGCCAUGCAACGUAUGAGGAGGAGGCGGAGCUGGAUGCAGCGUACUCAAAAAUGAAAUAGACACCCUGCUUUGAGCCAGGGCUGUCGCUUGUUUCUGGGUCCUGAAUACACCCAUCGGUUGCUGCGCUACGAUGCUGCAGUCCGAGUCGCUGUACAGUA